AAGACGAUUUUCUGCGCAUGGACCGUUUUCUCGCUAUAGUACGGUCUCACCGAAGUUUCCACUGGACAGCCCUGCUCUCCCCGUAGAAUUCCCAUUGGUCUCGCCCGCGCCUCGCCUCCGCUGCGCCUCGCCCCGCUCGCCGCGGUCUGGAGCUCCCCACGUGACCCCAGCGCGCUCCCGUAGGGGGCGAAGUCUUGGAGGCGGUGCCGCAGGGGACUGAGGGACCGGCCGAGCGUUGUAUGCUGCAGCUUUCUCCAGGACGCCACCGUUGAAGACACAAUGUCCGGCUUCUCCCGCCGUCUGCUUUGGGCAGCCACCUGCCUAGCCGUGGUCUGCGUGCUGUCUGCGGAUUCGAACUCAUCCGUGACUCCGACAGAGGCUGAGCUACACACUUCAGCAACCACCAAGGUAGCCCCGACGCCGACGCCGUCUGCCUCGCCGGUCACCACUCCAGCACCAGAAACCUGUGAAAGCCACAACAGCUGUGCUUCCUGUUUAACUGUUAACGUUAGUAAUACUGCCUGCUUUUGGAUAGAAUGUAAAGAAGAUAAGAGCUACUGUUCAAAUAACUCAGCAGUUAGUAAUUGUAGUGUGCUGAACAACACUGUUUUCUGUUCUGGGCCUACAACUCCAGUGCCAACUAAUUCUACAGCUAAAGUCACAACUCUGCCUUCCUCUUCUACAUAUUCCACCACAGUUACCACAUCAGGUGCAACAAAUACCACUUUGGCUCCAACCUCACAACCUGCACGGAAGUCUACCUUUGAUGCAGCUAGUUUCAUAGGAGGAAUUGUCCUUGUUUUGGGUGUGCAGGCUGUAAUUUUCUUUCUCUAUAAGUUCUGCAAAUCUAAAGAACGAAAUUACCAUACUUUGUAAGCAGACCCAUUAAAUUAACAAGGACUGGCAGUUCAUUUGUGUAACUCACUGAAACCAAAAUACUAUCUUACAAGAAGUCCCACAUGGAAGACACUAUUCCAGGAUCUUUAAAUUUCCAAAGGAUGCAUAUAGGAUAUUUUGGAACAUCAUCCUUGAAGAAAAAUCAGUUAGUGUUUUACUUACAGGAAUAUUUAAAAAAUAUUCUGCAUGAAUCCUUGUGGCUGUCGUCUUUUAUUUUCAAUGGCUGCUGCUGUGGGAUUAUGUUUCUGUUCUUGACAUGCCAAAUGUAACUUUCUGUAAGUGAUGGAAAAUGUUGUCUGGUACAGACAACCUCCUGACUCCUGGCAGUUUUAAGUUUAGUUAUCUUAAAGCCUGAAAAUUGCAUUAUUUUUAUGCUAAUUCCAGAAGUGAUUUAGUGGCCAGAAUUGAGAAGGUGUGCCAAAUGAGCAUCAAAUCCGGUGGAUUUUUGGCUAUCAUUUCAAAGGUGGAAUAAAUUUAUUAAUUUAGUAGUACUAAACUGUAUCCAUAGAGUAAAAUUUUGUGCUUGAUAAGUUAUUUUUUUCUACAUUAGAAAUAACAUGCUACAUGGGGAAUUACAUUCCAGAUUUAAAGAAAUGAAUGGAAAGGAUACAAACCAUUAAUGUUUAACAGGAUAUUAUUCAUAUUUGCAAAAGCACCUUAUAUCAUUGAGAAAAUAAAGAACAGUGCCUUAAAAGACAGACUGAAAGGUAGGCUGUAACUUAAAAUCUGUGUGAUUUGUUCUUUGAUAUUAAAGAAGGUAAAAGUUGGUUUGAGAUUGUAACUGUUGAUGUAAGCGGUAGUAACCUGCUUCUAGAUACCAUACUGUUAAUAUUUAAAUUAAAAGCAUACCUUUUUUUUUUCCAGAGCAGAGAAACUUGGGCUAAUUACUAUUUAACUAAGUUUAAAGGCCUUCACAUACUGAAUUUUGCAACAUUUUUCUUUGGGCUGUUGAAAGCAAUUGAAAUAAAAUUGAUAAAUUAUAUAUUUCCUUUGUGCUCAAAAAAAUCUUAACACUAUGAACCUUGAAAGGAUUUAUACCAAGCUUACCUGAAAAGUAACUACUUUCAUGAGGUUAAAAAGAAAGUUUUAGAAUCAUUUAUUAGCUCUUUAAAUAAGACAAUCAUUUUAAGUUUUCAGAUGGCAGGUGUGACCAGUAUAAUUUCAGAAAAAUCUAAGGAUUUUUUAAUCAGAUUACUAUAGAUUUUUAAUGAUGAUUGCCCUGGAUGAAUAGACUGUACUUCCACUUUUCCCGUCUCCUUUUCUUUUUUUCUUUCUUCCUUUGUUUCAACUCCCAUAAUAUAAUAAACAUUCAUAUUUUUGUUUCUA